AUGCUUCGCGGAGCCUCCGGCACAGUUGUGGAGGCCGAGACGCAGGAGGAGGGAGGAGAUAAUCGGGUGGCUGCCCUGGUCGAGGAGGCUGAACGUCUCAAAGCAACGAUUGCGAAGCAGCAAGAGGAGAUAAGCGCCUUGCAGGAGCGGCGAGUGCAGCCCCCUGCACAGGCCCCUGCGCAGGCCCCUGCGCAGCCCCCUGCGCAGCCCCCUGCGCAGCCCCGCGCGCAGCCCCCUGCGCAGCCGGCAAAUGCCCCUCGGCAGCUGCAGCCGCGGCCGUGUCAAGAGCGAGAGCAGCUUCAGCAGCACAUCCAGCACCCUCGGCAGCCACAGCAGCCGAAGCAGAAGCCAAAGCAAGCCGAGCCUUCAAGCACACCGCAGCAGAACCGUCAUGCCAGGGAGGUUGUCAGACUGCGCGAGGAGGAAAAGGAGGAGAACUGGACCUGCGCAGUGUGCACUUUUGAGAAUGUGGAGCCCCUGACAGAGUGUGAGAUGUGCGGCAUGCAGCGUGCAAGCUCCAGCUCUCCGCAGCGAAAGCGGCAGAAGAAAGGUCCACCAAGCGUCCUUGAAGUCGAUGAUCUUGCCCAGCUCGGCGACUCCGCCGGAGUGGCUCCAGGCCCUGCCGAGUUUCUCCGUCGCGCAACCUCGGUGAUCGAGCCAGGCAUCGGUGCCCGAUCUGCGUCGCAGGUGCAGGGCCCUGAAGACGAAGCGAUGAUCGAGGUUCCAGUCCCUGACUGCCUGUCGUCGGGGCCGUCGGGCGAGCCGCUGCAUCUGCCACAGACGCUCCACGACCGCCUUUGCCCCUACCAGCGUGAAGGUGUGGCAUGGAUGUGGCAUCUGCACGGCCGAAAGCAUGGGGGCAUCCUGGCAGAUGAGAUGGGCCUUGGGAAGACAGUUCAGGCCUGCGGCCUUAUCCAGGCUCUCCGUGCGAGAGAGGCCACGCACGUACUGGUGGUGAUGCCCGUGACGCUUUUAGAUCAAUGGGCCCAGGAGCUGAAGAAGUGGUGUCCAGGCUGCCCAGUGUUCAUCUACCACGGGUCGCCUACGCAUCGGGCGCGGGCCCUCCGUGCAGUGGCGCGAGCACGAGGGGGAGUACUGCUCACAUCGUAUGCCAUCAUUAAGAACGAAGAUGAGAAACUGGGCAUGGUCGACCUGGCAGAGGAUGCCGAAGGCACCUGGCUCAGCAAGUCUGAACGACGGCCAGCGGGGAAACGCGCCCGAGGCGUGGGCGCUGCAGCAUGGACGAAACCCUGGGAUCUUGUGAUCUGCGACGAGGCACACGUCAUGCGGACGAUCUCCACACUCCUGGGCAAGGCAGUGAGACGUCUAAAGGCCGACUGCCGCAUCCUCCUGACCGGCACACCAGUCCAGAACGCUUUGCAAGACCUCUGGGCCUUGAUGGACUUUGCCCAGCCUGGAUUGUUGGGAAACCAUGCGACCUUCACCAAGCGCUUCAACGACCCCAUUGAGAAAGGCAGCGUCCGAGAUGCAUCGCCUUCGGCGGUCGCGCUCAAGAAGCACUUGUGCGAGCAGCUCUGGGCGCUCGUGAGGCCGCAUCUUUUGCGUCGCACCAAAGAUCGCGUCGGCAUGAUGGGCUACAGACAACCGGAAGCAGGAGGUAGCACCGAAGCCAUCGCAUCAGCGCUGACAAAGCCUUUGCCGCCUCGGACAGAGUUUGUUGUGUGGCUGGUGCCCUCGAAAGACCAAGUCCGGAUCUAUCAGAAGGCCUUGGAAACAAGUGAAAUCAUCCACGAAGCAAACAGCAAGAGCAAGCUGGGAGUUGAAGUCUUCCGCGCCAUUGGGCUGCUGAAGCGGCUUUGCAACCACCCCGCCUUGGCGCUGCCGUCGCCCGAUGCCUGGCAGCGAGCGCUCGCAACAGCAGGGGAGGGCCUCCUGGAGCCUGCAGACCUGGCGCGCAUGGCACGGCCAGGGAAGCGAGUCAAGGGCCCCGCGGAGCCAGAGCCGCUACCCCUGGAGCCCGGCGAAGAGGAGGGCGACGUUGCCCAGGACCCGCAGCCUGGAAAAGCUGUUGAGCGCAUGUUGAGGAACCUCAAGGGAAGCGUUGAUGCGAUGAUCUCGCAGAGUGCGAAACUCAAGUGCUUGGCAGCUUUGCUGCCUACGCUGGAGUCUGGUGGGCAUCGGACACUGAUCUUCUCGCAAGGUAUACGCAUGAUGGACCUUGUAGAGAUCUGCAUCCUCCGGAAACAGAAGAUCAAGUACCUUCGCAUCGACGGCCAGACGGAGAUCGCGGCUCGGAACGAGCGAGUACGUCUCUUUCAAACGCAGCCGCAGUCCUACACCUGCAUGCUGCUGACAACGAAAGUGGGCGGCUAUGGCUUGAACUUGACAUCGGCGGAUCGAGUGAUCAUCCUCGACCCUGCUUGGAACCCCGCCGUCGACAUGCAAGCUGUCGAUCGAGCACACCGCAUAGGACAGGACCGGGAGGUGAAGACGUACAGACUGGUAAUGAGUGGCCUCAUCGAGGACAAGAUGUUCCGGCUCCAGGUCUUCAAGAUGGGUCUGACCAAAACAGCUCUGGAGACAAAGCAGCAGCAGCGGUAUUUCACCGCCGAGGAGAUCCAUGGCCUCUUCGAGUGGACAGAUCCUGUGCAUGGCGAGACACGUGCACUGCUACGGCAUCAGCACGGCAUAGAAGAUCCGCGGCCGCGUGGUUGUUACGAAUCGGGGUUGACCCUCAUAUGCUUCGUGCAGUUCCUGGGAUACCUUCCGACAUGA